AUGGUGGCCGCGGAGAGGCGGACGGUAUUCUUUCGCGUUCGAGAAACUAAACGGGAUGGCCCGGUGUCACCGGAAGACAUCGUGGCUAUUCGUUCUGAGGAAAGGGAGGCGACGCGCCGACAGUGGGAAGUCUGGCUCCGUGGGGAUGAUGUUCCGGGUGCCCGCACCCGUCUCGCCAUCCUCCUGUGCCUUAACGAUUGGUUUUUGCGGAAUUGGGGAAGCCUGCACUUCCACAUGACGCAGAUAAUUACCGAGCAUGGGUGUUUCGGCACCUAUCUCUUCCGGAUUGGUAGAGCUCCUGAUCCGAACUGCUAUCACUGUUUGGCUGCGUCGGACUCCCCCAGACACACCUUGUUGGAGUGUCCCGCUUGGAUUGUUGAAAGGAAUACCUUAAGGGAUGUGAUUGGUCGGCGUCUCUCUCUGCAAACCAUCAUAGAGGGGGCGGUGAGUAGGAGGGAGACGUGGAGCAUCUUCUCGACUUUUUGCAAUACGGUUAUGCGUUCAAAAGAAGAGGCGCAACGAUUGCGGCAGGCUCAAGGCCCCCAAGUUGUACGUGUCGACCCGGGUUAG